UGGAAACAUAGUCAUUCGAGUGUUUGCAAAAAAAAAAUGCUCGAGUCAAGUUCAGCACUUUGAAGAUUCAAAAGCCGAACGCUCGUGUCAUUGGUUCCCCGGCCUGUCAGUCACGCCCCGCUGCUAUGUAGAGACACUGCGGACGGAGCGUCGACAUGAUCCCCGAGUGUCCAGUCGUCGGGCACACGAGCGCAGACCGGGGCCGCCAGCAGCAGCUCAUCCCGGCUGAGGCGCCGGAGAAGAACCGGAGGACCAGCGGUGGCUUGGUGAGCGAUAUCAGAACCGCCAUACAAACAGAGCCUUUCAGCGACCACUACACCGUCACCCCCGGGAAAGAGCUUGGCAGGGGGAAGUUUGCCGUGGUCAGGAAGUGUGUUGAAAAAUGCACGGGUCAAGAAUAUGCUGCAAAGUUCAUGAGGAAGCGGCGAAAAGGACAAGACUGUCGGAUGGAAAUCAUCCACGAGAUCGCCGUGCUGGAGCUGGCUACAUCAUGCCAGCGUGUGGUCAAUCUCCACCAGGUCUAUGAGAUGGCGUCUGAGAUGGUGCUUGUCCUCGAGUUCGCUGCUGGGGGCGAGAUCUUUAACCAGUGUGUGUCAGAGGAGGAGGACGAGGCCUUCACUGAGGAGGACGUGAAGAGGCUCAUGAGGCAAAUCUUGGAGGGAGUCUCCUUCCUCCAUCAGAUGAAUAUUGUCCACCUGGACCUUAAACCUCAGAAUAUUCUGCUGACCAGCUGCUCGCCUCUGGGUGACAUCAAGAUCGUGGACUUUGGUCUGUCUAGGGUGGUCAGCAGUCAGCAGGAGCUCAGAGAGAUCAUGGGGACGCCUGAGUAUGUUGCUCCGGAAAUCCUCAAUUACGAGCCUAUCAGCACUGCAACAGAUAUGUGGAGCAUCGGGGUCUUGGCCUAUGUGAUGCUGACAGGAGUCUCUCCCUUCCUGGGCAAAGACAAGCAGGAGACCUUCCUCAACAUUUCACAGCUCAAUGUGAGCUACAGCGAGGAGGAGCUGCAGCCACUGGACCCGGCCGCCAUCUCCUUCAUCCAGAGUCUGCUCCACAAGCAGCCACAGUCACGGGCUACAGCUGAGCAGUGCCUCGAUCACCCAUGGUUACGGACGACCGAGGACGGCCCCCCACCGCAGCCCCCCAGCCCCUGCAGCAGCAUCGCCAGCAGCCCAGAGAGUCUCAUCAGCACCAGCAGCGGCGACGCGGAGGAAAAGCCGGUGGCCGAGGACCUGAUCGUCGUGGCCGCCUACACACUGGGCCACUGCAGGCAAACAUCCACCGCCGUUGGUGUUGAGAAAGAGGGGCCGGAGCAGAAGGCCAUCUCCAAGCGCUUCAAGUUCGAGGAGCCUUUCAGUGCCCUGCAGAAGGUUCCUGGAGAGUUCAUCUACUGAAGCAGCUGUGGCAUGGUAACACAGACACAGACCCUUGACCCCACUCUCUGUUUGUGGUGCACUGACUAAGACUGGACCUUCUCCUUAUACAUGUCUUAGAGAGUUCAAAAAGGAGCCACGACGACUAAGAAAAAAAAAAAUCAAGAGGGCAGAAAGAAACAGCGCACAUUCAAUUUCAUCCUGACAGUCAAACCUUUUUCUUGACCCCUGAUGUCUUAACUAAGGACCAGUGAAUAUUCAACUGCCCACUGAAACACUUGGUCAUGUUCUUCUAACUCAGGAAGAGACGGUAUGAGACAUAGCUUAUUUCAGGGUUCCUGCUGAGGGGGUGACGUUUCAAAGGGAAUUAAUUCUUCACAGGAAGUAAUACAUUGAAACACAUAAAUAAACUAGAAUAGAAUUCAAUAUACGCUCCUCUCUUUUCACUUAUUUAAUAGACCUUCAGUCUCCUUUCAUUCAGUCGCUUUUUCUCUGGUGCCAUGCCUGCCUGCUUCUCUGCUGCCACAUUUGUCUACACAUUUUAAAUGCACUAAAUGUAAGACCAUACCAGUGUUCAGACGCCCUGGUGCACGUGACUUUCCAGCAUUCAAUUUUUCCAUAAGCUAGCAGCAUAUUUAAGAUGAUCUUUUUUUUUAUUUCUAGAUGUUUAUUUGAUGUAAACAAUGGUGUCACAUUUGUACAUGAAUGUUCAAAUAAACGUUUCAAACGUG